AAUGUUGUUCUGUCCUGUGGCUGCGCGGGAAAUGAGGACUUUUUUACUUGUGCGCACGUCCUCAGGUGUGUGCGGUUUGCCUCAUCUUUAAGAAGUGACACCGGGGAACUCGGAGGCGCGUCUCUCCUCGUCCAAGAUCAGGAUGGAUCCGAAUAACGCCAGUGGGGACGAUGCGUUCACGGUCAUCCACCUGAACGCGUCCAGGGCUCGGGACGGCGGCUAUUCUCUCGCAGCAACCGCGGGCAUCGCUGCGCUGGUCACUUUCCUCAUUCUCUUCACGAUCAUCGGGAACAUCCUGGUGGUCAUCGCGGUACUGACCAGCCGGGCGCUGAAAGCCCCUCAGAACCUGUUCCUUGUGUCUCUGGCCACCGCGGACAUCCUGGUCGCUACCUUGGUGAUGCCCUUCUCCCUCGCAAACGAACUUAUGGGAUACUGGUAUUUCGGGAAAGUUUGGUGCGCUAUUUAUCUGGCGCUGGAUGUUCUCUUCUGCACUUCAUCAAUCGUGCAUCUGUGCGCCAUCAGCCUGGACCGGUACUGGUCCGUCACACAGGCAGUGGAAUACAACCUGAAGCGGACUCCGAAACGCGUCAAGUGCAUCAUUCUGGUCGUCUGGCUGAUCUCCGCAUCCAUCUCGUCCCCUCCGCUGGUCUCCCUUGACAGCAGCAGUGAUCAGAGCGCUCAGCCUCAGUGUGAGCUCAACGAUGACACCUGGUACAUCCUCUGCUCCAGUGUUGCCUCCUUCUUCGCCCCCUGCUUGAUCAUGAUCUUGGUUUAUGUUAGGAUCUACCAGGUGGCUAAGACUCGGACCAGAGCCAUGUCAGUCAAAGAGGCCAGGUCAGAUGGUGUGACUCAGACUGAGAAUGGGUUGAGCAAAGACACAUCACCGUACCAUGGUGGGAGGGAGAACGGCCACUGUCAGUGUCCACCCUCCGUGACUGUUGGCCACACAGAGGACCUGGAAGAAAGCUCCUCUUCUGAGGCCAGAGGUCACAAACCAAAUACCAAAGAGACAACAAAGCAGCUCGGCUCCCUUUCAAAACACUCCGCCCGACUCUCCAGGGUGAGUAAUAAAUCCAUGGACCUCUUCACUUCACGGAGGAAGCGUCGCCGGAGCUCGCUGGCCAAGAAGAAGGUCACCCAGGCCCGGGAGAAGAGGUUCACCUUUGUUCUAGCCGUGGUCAUGGGCGUCUUUGUGGUCUGCUGGUUUCCCUUCUUCUUCAGCUACAGCCUGUACAGCAUAUGUCGGGACUCCUGUAAGAUCCCCGAACCACUUUUCAAGUUCUUCUUCUGGAUUGGCUACUGCAACAGUUCCCUCAACCCGGCCAUCUACACCAUCUUCAACAGAGACUUCCGAAGGGCUUUCCAGAAGAUUCUCUGCAAGCCAUGGAGGCAGUCGUUCUAGUCUUCACCGAUGUGAAGUCAUCAGUGAUGAACUAUGAUCUUGUGUCUUAUUCCUCCACCGGACAACACGUUUGUUACCCUCUUCUUAUGGAUCUAUCGUGUUUGAAUAUGUUCAGAAAAUGUUCUUACGUUCUUGUUUGUGCUUAUCAUCCCUGACCUCCUCCACUUUUAUCUCCUCUCUGAUGACAAUGCAAAUAUUGUCUCUGAGUGUGGGAUCUCACUCAGAGACAAUAUUUGCCUCAUCCAGCCAUUUUCCACAGCUAAGCUGAAGUCAGGUCGCGGGGGCUGCAACGAAACAAAGAGGCUCAGACCUCCCUCUCCCCAAAACCCACUCCAGCUCUUCAGGAGGGAUAUACAGGUGCUCUCAGUCCAUUUCAUAGAUUAUUUUGGAUCAGACCGUCUUUCUUCUUCUGCAGUGGGUCUGCCCCGCGGCCUCCUCUCCGGUGUUCACGCAGCAUCCUCAUCUAGUUUCUAUCAAUAACACAAAUUCAAAUAUGUGGUGUGAAACAAGCACGGUGCUCCUGACCCACGCCUCAUUAUUGCUCCCUAGUGGCUGACUCUUGUACUGUUUAUGCUGCCAGCGUACAUCUUGCACAUUUGAAGUCUAUGUCAAGGAAUGAGUCACGAUUUGUUUCCUUCAAAGUACCCAAAUCCUUGAUUCAAGUACAUAUAAAAGUGGAAUAAACUAUAAUAGACACCUAGUCUAAGCUAUUUGAUAUGCAAAAAUGUACUCUUUUCCUCAUCCAUGCUAACAAGACUGGCCUUAGUCUUGGCAUGCGUGGAGUUUACUAUUCAAAUCUAACACUUGUCAUUUACAUACAGUAUUAGCCCCAUUCAGAACCAAGCUGUGAUGAGUUGUUUUCUGAUGCACAGGGCUGUUUUCAUGGAUUUUAAAUCUGCAAGAUGGCACAAGUGCCGUGAUCCAACUGGGCUGCCUUUCAGUGUCUUUCACUCAGACGAUAGUGACCACUGCACUCCAGGAGCACUGCACAAGAACAGCAGUUUUGCUAGUGAGUCAGGACCACACAACAUCACUGAGGACCUGAUAGUGUGGGCGGAACUAAGAUCAUUUCAAGUGGUCUUCACUUAGUUUUUGAAUGACGACUGCUGUCUGGUGCCCACUCUCCCUCCCUUCAUGGAGAGGACUGGAGGAAACAGAUGAACCGUUUACAACCAGACAUUGGUGGGUCCAACAGGAACACAUACUCACUCACUCUUGACAAAAGGUGGCAUUACUGAUGAUACUAAGUUUGAGACAGAUGGUCUGUUUGGUUCCAAGCUUGUCUUGAAUUUAAGUGAAUUUUCACAUCAUGCUGAAACUGAGUUGAAAUAAUUCUCAGUUGGACUGGUAUUUGUUUUUUUCAUCCUGAUAACUCUCUUCUCUUCUGACCAGACCUAAUAAAUCUCCAGACUCUCCACAGUCUCGGUAAUGACUAAUGUAAUUAUUAAGUUUCCUGAUCCCAGAUUUCUCAGGUUUGAUUGUCGUCCAGUGAAU